UUACAGCGAACCCAAGAAGAACAUAUCAAAGACCUCAAGGUUCUGACCCUCCGCAGUGUAUAAAAAAGGAAACGAGCGCGUCCAUAGAGCGAACAAUGUGGUGUUCGAGUUAUAGCUCAAUUACUCUUUUAAAUCAUUAAUUUAGGACCAUUUGUUCUUAAUCAGGGAGGAACGUGGGUGGCCUGCACUUUUGACAUUCUCUCCAGAGGAAGGGCAGUCUUAAAAGAAAUAUGGAUAAAUCACAAGAAAUGGAGUGGUUUAAUGCACAAAAUCUUGUUAUUAGCCAUGACCUUGUGGCAGCUGCCAAGCAACAGCUUCAGUUUCUUGCAGCUGUUGAUAGGAACAGAAAUCUCUAUGAUGGUCCUGUCCUUAAAAGGGCAAUCUACAGGUACUUGAACUUUUGGCUUCCCUUGCUGGCCAAACACAAUGAAUCUCAACUGGUUGAAGGUCCUCUUGUGGUGCCUCUUGACUGUGAAUGGAUUUGGCACUGUCACAGACUUAAUCCGCUGCAAUACAAAUUGGACUGUGAGAAAUUUUAUGGUGGGAUUCUCGAUAACAAGACUGUAGAUUCAGUAGUUAAAGGCUCCUCCGAGCGGGAGACAAUCGAACUUUGGACGAGGCUCUAUCCAGAAGAGCCUUAUGAGAUUGAUCUUCAAAAUCUCUCAGAAAUAAGUGAUGGAAAAUUUUCUGAAACGGCAGGGAAUAUCAAAUAUGAUUUGGUGGCUGCUGUCAAAAGGCAGAGCUCUUUCUUCUAUCAGGUCUCAAGACCCACUGUGGAAGAUGAUCGAUUUCUUGAAGGAGCUGCAGCAAGAUACAAAGGAUUUCUUUAUCUCAUAAAGAGAAACUUCGAAAACAAUUUGAGACGUUUUUGUGUCCCAACAUAUGACAUUGACCUGAUGUGGCAUUCACACCAGCUCCAACCAAUUUCUUACACUAAAGACAUGGUAAAAGUUCUGGGUAAAAUAUUGGAGCAUGAUGAUAUGGAUUCAAAUAGAGGCAAAGGGAAGAAGCUUGACACUGGUUUUACUGAAACUACCAAACAGUGGGAGAUGACAUUUGGGAGGAGAUAUUGGAGGGCUGGGGCGAUGCAUAGAGGCAAUGCCCCAUCCCCAAUAACACUGACACCAUGUCCAUCAGUUUUCAUGAACAAGAAUAGCAUUUUGUGUAGCCAGAGUCAUCAUUACAUUCAUCUUCCUCAGCCAAAGGCUGUAGAGAUACUUUUGGAGAUUGUUGGUGUAAGAAAUGUACCAGCCAGUCAGAAGGGAAGUCUAUAUGUUUCUUGUAGCAAGAGCCAGUCUGAUAAGUUCUUCUAUUCUCGAAGACUAAGAAUAUCAUCCGAAUUUGGAGAGAAACAAGUAGCUUAUUUUCAGUGUGAACCCACUGAAAAACUGCUCUUUGAGCUCAUUUCCCACUUCCCUUCAAAAAUACCAAUAUCAAAGCUAUCAAAAGUAUUGGGAAAAGCCUCAAUCUCUCUUCAAGAAUUGUUGGACUCCUCUUCACUAUCGAUAGAACAGUGGUUUGAUCUGGGAUCAUAUGGUGGUAAUGGAGAAUCCAAUCCCAUUGGUUUACACAUUGCCAUCUCUGUAACCAUUCCUUACCCUGCUGUGCGUGAGCUUCGUAUGGUUCGGUCACAUCCGUGGGCAAACAGCUAUUGCUUCUUCCCACUUUUGGGUCGGGGCCCGCAACUUGGCUCAUGGACCCGUGUCAUGGAUGAUGCAGGCAAUGAAAUUAUCAGCCUCCAAAUUAGGAAUUCAAAACAGAAAGAGGCAGGCGAUGGCUACACUCGGAAGAGAGAGAUGUUAGGUGUUUUGGGGCCAGAAGGUAAAAUAGAGGUUGUGGCUGAGCAGCUAGUGGGAUCAGACAAGCCUACAGAGUGGCUUAUUCUAGAUUCACAGUGGCGCAUUCAAUUGGAAAACAAAAAUCUGGCCGAUGGUCACGUCUUUGAGAAGAGUAGUGCCCAACUUAUUAAACUCCUCCAAGGUAGAAAGCUUGAAUAUGACUUGAAGCAUGGUGUGAUGCCAAAGGUUGAAUGUGAUUUUAUCACAGCUGUUGCGUUCUCUCCAGAGCACCCAUAUGGCAAAGCUAUCGCAUUGCUCAACCCAAAAACUGGCCUCUUCAUGGUAGGGGAGGAAUGGUUCGUUCUGCCGGGGAUGAUCUUAACAUUCAUACUCUCCGAUAUGCUAAGAAAGGAAGGACACACAAUAUUCAAGUCUACAACUCAAAGCAUUGAAGACAAGCUUGGCAUCAACAUCAAUCUUGUGGAGGUUCAACACGAAGGUGAUUCCAAGUCAUUGAACAUGGCAAGUGAAGCUGGUUGUGGCCCUGGUUGUGGUACAUGUGGUGCGGGUGAUAAUGGAGAUAAGUGUGGUGGAGGGUGUGGCUCUUGUGGUGCAGCCACUUUGAAGAGUGGCGGCAUGGGUGGCUUUGUUGACGCAAGCCAUGUUGGCAAUGGUGGUGGUUCUUUGGAGAGUGAUGGCAUGGCUAGCAAAGGUGGAGCUGGUUGUGGCCCUGGUUGUGGUACAUGUGGUGCAGGUGAUAAUGGAGGUAAGUGUGGUGGAGGGUGUGGCUCUUGUGGUGCAACCACUUUGAAGAGUGGCUGUGUUGACGCAAGCAAUGUUGGCGAUGGUGGUGGUUCUUUGGAGAGUGAUGGCAUGGCUAGCAAAGGUGGUGGUGGUUGUGGUGGGGGUUGCGGUGGUGGGUGUGGGGGAGGGUGCAGGACCCGAAGUGGGUGUGGUGGUGGGUGUGGUGGUGGUGGGUGUGGUUAUAAAGGUGCUCCCACUCAAAAAAGCAAAUAAUUCAGCCUUAGUGCAAAGGACUUAUGAGCGCUAUCUGCCUAUCCGUCUGUCCGUCGAUGUGGCUGUCUACUUACCUAAAUAUCUGUCUAUCUAUCAAUCAUUGGCAUGUAUUUUCAUGUGUGGAUGAGUACUGGUAUAGUAAUGCAUUUUGUUUCGAGUAACUGGAACAACGGAGAAAUCUUAAGGGUGUUCUGUGUGAGUUGUGCUAUCCUCCAUGCCUUCCAGUCUAGUGGUGUAAAUAAUGAAUAAUGCUGCUUUAAUCAGCUGACUCCUUGGGUUCUUUGGGCUCAUGUCGUGCAAGUUGAAUAAAUAAAGUUGUCAUUGAUGUCUA